AUGUCGUUUGAAUCGUCAACGGUGGAUAACGCUCCAAACUGCAACAUUGAGAAGCCGUUGUAUUUCGUAAAGGAGUUCAACACCUCUGAUGAGACACAGCUGUUGAUCAAAGAGUUGAAGUUGGUUGGGCAUAGAGAAGGUGGGUACUUCAACGAGACCGACAGAUCUCCAUUCCACAUGGAGAACCCGCACUAUGAGGCUCAUGAUGGACCGACCAAGAGUAUUAAGGAUAUCAGCUCUCUUCCAAGAGAUGCCUACAGAAACUACUCAACGCUCAUCUACUAUCUUUUAACUCCACAGAUCCCCUACGGUAGGUUCCACAAGAACCUGAACCGUAUUAUCCAUAUCUUACAAAAAGGCCGGGGACAAUACGUGUUGAUCUAUCCGGAUGGAAGAGUCAAAUCGUUCAUAGUUGGAUUUGACCAUUCAAGGGGUGAAGUAUCGCAAUGGGUCGUUCCUGGUGGAGUAUGGAAGGCCAGCUUCCUGAGACCGUUGUCCGAUGAUGUUGGGGAGAGCUCAGAUGACCACCUGUUAAUAAGUGAAGUUGUAGUUCCAGGGUUUGAAUACGAUGAUCAUCAAUUCUUACAAGAUGACAAACUCGUGGAACUAGUCGGUGAAGAAAGGGCUUCGCAAUUGUCCUUUCUGCAACACUCUAGCGUUUAG